UCUUGGAGUUGGCUAUAUCUGGGCUGGCAAAGCCAACACGUUCGGGAUGGGAGGAAUUUAAUGAACCUGGAUUGUUUGAGUGCAUAUUGUCUGGAGCUUAGGGACGCUUGACAUGUGCGACUUUGAACACUGACCAUUAAAAAAAAGAAAAAAAAGAAAGAAAAAAAAAAAAAAAGGAAAAAGCCGCACCAAGACCCAAAACCGGUUUUAAGCGGACUCCCCCUCCCCUUUCCUAGUCUGAGCGCUGUGUGCAUUUUCUGAGGGGCCUGGGAACCGUUUCUGCUUGAGUUUUUUGUUGUUGUUUUACAGUACUCACUUUUUUUAAAGUUUUUAAAGCGGUCCGUAUCAGUGCAUUGGUUAUGUCUUGUUGGUUGCCAGAUCUUUGUGGAAAGUUGCUUCUUUGUGUCACAGAUUACCUGUUGUGUUAUGGGUCUGGAUGAAUUUUUGCAUUAAUCUGGAUUCGAGGUGUCUACAUUUCUGCUGGAAUUUGGCAUCGGGUCGCAGUUGAUGUUGAUCGAAUCCAUGAUCUUCAUCAGCUCGAGCACGGCAGCUGUCCUCUCUGCGAAAUAAAGACUUGCAAUCAGACAGACUCGGACUGCAAGAUCCACUUUGGAGAUAAAGACAUUAAAAUGUCAACUAGAACACCACUACCUACUGUCAAUGAAAGAGAUACUGAAAACCACACAUCAAACACAGACGGGCGGAAUGAAGUGUCCCGUCCUGGACGAUCAGGGGUCCGCUGCCGGAACUCCAUCGCCUCCUGUGCUGAUGAGCAGCCACACAUUGGCAACUACCGGCUGCUCAAAACCAUCGGCAAGGGCAACUUUGCUAAGGUCAAAUUGGCAAGACAGAUUCUCACAGGACGAGAGGUGGCCAUAAAAAUAAUUGAUAAGACACAACUUAAUCCUACCAGCCUUCAAAAGCUCUUCAGGGAAGUAAGAAUAAUGAAGAUUCUAAAUCAUCCAAAUAUUGUAAAGCUCUUUGAGGUUAUAGAGACAGAGAAGACACUUUAUCUGGUGAUGGAGUACGCCAGUGGUGGGGAGGUGUUUGACUACCUCGUAGCACAUGGACGAAUGAAAGAGAAGGAGGCCAGAGCUAAAUUUAGACAGAUUGUAUCAGCUGUUCAGUAUUGUCAUCAAAAACACAUUGUCCACAGAGAUCUUAAGGCAGAAAACCUUCUGCUGGAUGCAGAUAUGAACAUCAAGAUUGCAGACUUUGGCUUCAGUAACGAAUUCACGAUCGGGAACAAACUAGAUACGUUUUGUGGAAGCCCACCGUAUGCGGCCCCCGAGCUUUUCCAAGGCAAGAAGUACGAUGGGCCAGAGGUGGACGUGUGGAGUUUGGGGGUCAUACUCUACACGCUGGUCAGUGGAUCUCUGCCCUUUGAUGGACAGAAUCUAAAGGAACUUCGAGAACGUGUACUGAGGGGCAAGUAUCGCAUUCCUUUCUACAUGUCCACUGACUGUGAGAACCUCUUAAAACGCUUUCUGGUGCUGAACCCUGUCAAGCGGGGCACACUCGAGCAAAUCAUGAAGGAUCGAUGGAUUAAUGCAGGCAGUGACGAGGAUGAGCUCAAACCUUUUGUGGAGCCAGAACUCGAUAUUUCAGACCAGAAGAGAAUUGAUAUCAUGGUGGGAAUGGGUUACUCCCGGGAAGAGAUCCAUGAAUCUCUAACCAGAAUGAAGUACGACGAAAUCACAGCUACCUACUUGCUGUUAGCCAGGAAGUCCACAGAGCUGGAGGUGAGUGAUUCCAGCUCCAGCAGUAACUUGUCUUUAGCCAAGGCUAGACCCAACAGUGAACACAAUAACGGCCAAUCACCAUCUCACCUUAAAGUCCAAAGGACCAUCUCUUCCAAUCAGAAACAGCGGCGUUAUAGUGACCAGGCUGGACCAGCCAUUCCCUCGGUCGGCCACCCCAAGAGAAGUCAAACCACUUCUACAGAGAGUGACCAUAAAGAAGAGGGAACUGCACAGGCACGAAAGUCCAGCUCAUCUGGAAGCCGUGGAAUAGCCCCUCCGAGCCCGAUGCUGGGCAACGCCAACAACCCGAACAAGGCUGACAUUCCUGACCGCAAAAAGAGCACCGGUGUCCCUGCGAGCAAUUCUGUGUCAAGCGGUAUGACCAGAAGAAACACGUAUGUUUGUAGUGAGAGGAACGCCACGGACCGCCAAGCCGUCAUCCAGAACGGCAAAGAGAACAGCCUGAGUGCAAUGUCUGGAAGUGUCAGCACAAGUUCGACGGCAAACGCUGCGGCUUUCGCCACCACAUCAGCCUCUGUUCGUCUACGCCACCAAAAAGCCACAUCCCUCUCGGCCUCAGGAUACACCUGCCGCCCCAGCCUGCCAUCCAACGAUGGUGCCGCUGACCUCUUCAGGCCCAAUACGAGCACGACUCCAUCGAGUCAGCGGAACCCUGGUGCCUCCACCCACAGCAUUAGUAGCGCAACUCCACCGGAUCGUCUGCGUUUCCCACGAGGCACACUUAGCCGCAGCACUUUCCAUGGAGGCCAGCUGAGGGAGCGACGCACAGCCACUUAUAACGGACCCCCUGCCUCUCCUACCUUGUCACACGAUGCCACGCCUCUCUCACAGUCCCGGAGCCGCGGAUCCACAAACCUCUUUACGAAACUUACAUCCAAGUUAACACGCAGAAACAUGUCAUUCAGGUUUACCAAAAGAAUGCCAGCAGAAUGUGAUAGAAAUGGGAGGUAUGAGGACUCAAGUCGUAAUGUAUCUGGGGAUCAGAAAGAGGAACAUAAAGACGCCAAACCCCGCUCGUUACGUUUCACAUGGAGCAUGAAGACCACCUCCUCCAUGGAGCCCACAGAAAUGAUGCGAGAGAUCCGCAAAGUCCUGGACGCCAACAACUGCGAUUACGAGCAACCUGAGCGCUUCCUGCUUCUAUGCGUCCAUGGCGAUGGCCACGCAGAGAGCUUGGUCCAAUGGGAGAUGGAAGUUUGCAAAUUGCCCCGCCUCUCGCUAAAUGGCGUACGCUUCAAGCGGAUAUCAGGAACGUCCAUUGCUUUCAAGAACAUUGCCUCUAAAAUUGCCAAUGAGCUAAAGCUGUAAAAAAAAAUACAAAAUAAAAUAAAGAUCUAUUGGCCGAAAAUGUGAAAAAGCAGCAAAAAGACUAAGGCACACAAGAACUAGAGUAAUCAAGUUGUACAUUAAUUUUCAACAAGUAGCAGAUAAAAGGAUUUUUUUUCCUCAACUCUUACAAAGUAUGUAUUGAAAAUAUUGUAAAGAAUCAUGCCUUAGGCAAUAAUUUCCUGCAUCUUUGAAGCAUUAUUAAUAUUAUUAUUGACAUUUUUGUUAUUGUUAGAUGGUUUCAAACUGUAGGAAAAGAAAUGAUGGUUUCAUUUAUUUUUUGUUUUGUUUAUGCACUACUGUAGUAGGUGCCUUAUGGGGCCAAAAAUUAACACCAGUGACUGAAAACUCUGAUUUUAACCAGACAGACAGAAGAGGAAUGGUUAAAUGCACAAAUUUUUCUCUUUAUUAUACUGCCCUUCUCGCAGUCCUCCUUGAAUGCCAAAACAAAAUGGCCACAAUGUUUUGAUUUAGAUAGGAAAUUUACUUGCACACAUUUUCCCCUUAAAGCACACUUCUUUUUUGCAUAUGUGCUUUUUCUCCAUCUCCUAUACUUCCAUUCCUCCAUUUUUUUUUUUUACCUUCACCCAAUCUUGUCAGGAAAUUAUAACCAGUGGUUUUCUAGUGCAACACAUGGCUAAUAAUGGACAGGAUCCCAUUAAUUGAAACACUGGUGCCAUGGAGCUUCAGCUCUGGAGCAAUUGUGAUUGGCCACGCACUUCAGGAAAACUCUUGGCUUCAGAUGGGCUAAUGCAAUGGAACGAUAUACACAAUAUAAAGAGAUAAAAAGACAGUGAGAUCAGAAAUCUUUUCCUUUCUGGUCUGUUUGAGUAUUUCGUUUAUUUCCUUUCAAAGUGUUUUUCAAACGUCUAAGAAGAUGAUGAAACCUUCUCAGAUGUUCUUGAAAUGUCUUUGCUUUGGUUCUGGCCCUACAGUCAGAACUUUGACUUGCCAUUUAUUGGCUUCAGUAUUCACUCCCAUCCUUUAGAACCAUUGGCACUGUUAUUAUUUUGUUUGGAUGUAUUUGAUUGUUUUUUGGAAUGUAAAUAAUGUACCUUAGUUUUGCAGAUGCAGCAUAUUGAUAUAUGUUUUUCUUUUCCAAUUCUGGCUGUGAGUCAGAAACUAUAGAAAUUAAUGUAACUCAUCACAGAAUAAGGUUAAUCAGUGUCUCCAUUAAAACAACUGAAAAUCAA